GAAACCCCAAGUCCAAGACAGCUGUUCAGGUGGUGGAGCGCACGGAAGCAAGGUGAUAAUCCUUGGUUCUGUGCGAAAUAUUAUCAAAAACAACGAUGUGACUCUAUGCGCAUCAUGGUACCCUUGGGCCGGUAUUGAGUAAUAUAUAUAGAGAGCCUCCUCGCCUUGGCGAUGCUGUGAAACGUUCUGUUCAUUGUGUCGUCACUUCAAUUGCUGAAUACUAUACUCGGAGGCUUGAAUAUCACUUAUUGCCCAUCAUGAGGAACUUCAUCAACGUUGCUGUUGCUGCUCUCGCAGCCAAUGGUGCUUCAGCCCAUUAUAUCUUCCAGCAACUCUCUCUUGAUGCUACCAAAUAUGGGCCAUUCGAGUACAUUCGACAGAACAGCAACUACAACUCUCCAGUUACGGAUUUGAAGUCGAAUGACCUGAGGUGCAAUGUCGGCGCAGAGGGAGCUAGCACGAAGACGGUAGAUGUGAAGGCCGGCGAGCAAUUCACUUUUACUCUCGAUACUCCGGUGUAUCACCAAGGCCCAAUCUCCCUUUACAUGUCGAAGGCCCCAGGUGCUGCGUCGGAAUACGAUGGCAGCGGUGAAUGGUUCAAAAUCAAGGACUUUGCCCCUGAUUUCUCAAGCGGACAAGCAGUAUGGGAUAUGUCCGGCUCCUACACAUACACCAUCCCCAGCUGCAUCGAGGAUGGCGAGUACCUCCUAAGAGUCCAGUCUCUGGCCAUCCACAACCCUUGGCCGUCGGGAAUCCCUCAGUUCUACAUCUCCUGUGCACAGGUCAAGGUCUCGGGUGGAAGCGGUAGCUACAACCCCGCGACUGUCUUAAUCCCUGGCGCAUUCAAGGACACCGACCCGGGAUACACUGUUAACAUCUACUCCAAUUUCAACAGCUACACUGUUCCUGGCCCCGCCCCCUUGACCUGCUAAAUCAUGUUCAUGCUAUUUGGGAUCGAUUUUAGGACUGUGGGAUGAGUUGAGAAUGAGUUAGAUUGGGGUUGCAUGAGAUUACGACAAGGCCC